CCCGGGCUGCCUAGAUCUUGCACUCGCUGGAAAGCAGCUCAGAGCCAGGUGCUAUUGCAAGGGGCAGAGCGCGCAACACCGCGGAGAGAGCAGAUCCCUGCUCAGAUCCAGUCACACUGCGGCCAAGGCGGAGGACUAAGAGUCCAGGCUUCGUUGCUGGACGGGUCCCCAGCCCCGGAGCGCUUCCCGAGCCUCCUGCAGCCUCCUGGCAGCAGCAGCCUUGCGGUGCCUCCAACUCUGUGCUGGAAUAAAAAGUUCCCGCGCGCCGCCUGAUCCAAAACGCCUCUUUCUAAGUGACCGGGAGCUUCGGCUGCCAGCUCUGCGCGGACUUUCAAAUCAAAGUGAUCGUGAAUUUUAAGCAUCCGGAGCAGGCCAGCGAAGCUCUGUGCGUCUAACCAGAACAAGGCUUCUCUGCGCUGCAGUGUGCGGUGUCAUGCAACCAACAGUCCCUUUGGGGUCACGCAAGCAGAGGCCCCGCUCCGACGUGGGGCACGUCCAGCGUGCAGCUAAAUCUCGGAGCUCUCUGCCUUCACCCAUGCUGCUGCUGAUCGCUUCCGUAGCAAUGCUGCUGUGUGUGCGGGGCGCACAAGGGCGCCCCGCGGAGGAGGACGAGGAGCUGGUGCUGCCUUCCCUGGAGCGUUCCCCGGGUCACGAUUCCACCACGAGCCUCCGUCUGGACGCCUUUGGCCAGCAGCUGCACCUGAAGUUGCAGCCGGACAGCGGUUUCUUGGCUCCUGGCUUCACCCUCCAGACCGUGGGGCGCAGUCCCGGGUCCGAGGCACAGCGUCUGGACCCCACCGGGGACCUGGCGCACUGUUUCUACUCUGGCACGGUGAAUGGUGACCCCAGCUCCGCCGCCGCUCUCAGCCUCUGUGAAGGCGUGCGCGGUGCCUUCUACCUUCAGGGCGAGGAGUUCUUCAUCCAGCCAGCGCCUGAGGUCGCCACCGAGCGUCUGGUCCCCGCCGGACCGGAGGAGGAGUCUCCCGCAGCGCCGCAGUUCCACAUCCUGAGGCGAAGGCGGCGGGGCAGCGGCGGAGCCAAGUGCGGGACUCGCGACCCCCGGAAAGUCAAGACCCCCGGAAUCAGUGGCCGCUGCGGGACCCCACCCCGCAAGGCGCGGGAAAGCCAACAGGCCCUGGAAGCAUAAGAAAAAAGCGAUUUGUGUCCAGUCCCCGCUAUGUGGAAACCAUGCUCGUAGCUGACCAGUCCAUGGCUGACUUCCACGGCAGUGGUCUUAAGCAUUACCUUCUCACCUUGUUCUCCGUGGCGGCCAGGUUUUACAAGCAUCCCAGCAUUAGGAAUUCAAUUAGCCUGGUGGUGGUCAAGAUCUUAGUCAUCUACGAGGAGCAGAAGGGACCGGAAGUUACCUCCAAUGCUGCUCUCACCCUGAGGAAUUUCUGCAGCUGGCAGAAACAGCACAAUCCUCCCAGUGACCGGGAUGCAGAGCACUAUGACACAGCAAUUCUUUUCACCAGACAGGAUCUAUGCGGUUCCCAUACCUGUGAUACUCUCGGGAUGGCUGACGUUGGAACCGUAUGCGACCCCAGCAGAAGCUGCUCAGUGAUAGAAGACGAUGGUUUGCAAGCUGCUUUCACCACAGCCCACGAAUUGGGCCACGUGUUUAACAUGCCCCAUGAUGAUGCGAAGCACUGUGCCAGCUUUAACGGUGUGAGUGGGGAUUCUCAUCUGAUGGCCUCCAUGCUUUCCAGCUUGGAUCACAGCCAGCCCUGGUCUCCCUGCAGUGCCUACAUGGUCACUUCAUUCCUGGAUAAUGGCCAUGGGGAAUGCUUGCUGGACAAGCCUCAGAACCCCAUCAAGCUCCCAUCUGAUCUGCCUGGUACCAUGUACGAUGCCAACCGCCAGUGCCAGUUUACAUUUGGAGAGGAAUCCAAGCACUGCCCCGACGCAGCCAGCACAUGUACUACUCUUUGGUGCACUGGUACCUCUGGUGGCUUACUCGUGUGCCAAACGAAACACUUCCCUUGGGCAGACGGCACCAGCUGUGGAGAAGGGAAAUGGUGUGUCAGCGGCAAGUGUGUGAACAAGACGGACAUGAAGCAUUUCUCUACUCCUGUUCAUGGAAGCUGGGGGGCAUGGGGACCCUGGGGAGAGUGUUCAAGAACCUGUGGUGGAGGAGUUCAGUAUACAAUGAGAGAAUGUGACAACCCGGUGCCAAAAAAUGGAGGGAAAUACUGUGAAGGCAAAAGAGUACGCUACAGGUCCUGUAACAUUGAGGACUGUCCCGACAAUAAUGGAAAAACUUUCAGAGAGGAGCAAUGUGAAGCACACAAUGAGCUUUCAAAAGCUCCCUUUGGGAAUGAGCCCACUGUGGAAUGGACACCCAAGUAUGCUGGCGUCUCACCAAAGGACAGGUGCAAGCUCAUCUGUCAAGCCAAAGGCAUUGGCUACUUCUAUGUUUUACAGCCCAAGGUUGUAGAUGGCACUCCCUGUAGUCCAGACUCUACUUCUGUCUGUGUGCAAGGGCAGUGUGUAAAAGCUGGUUGUGAUCACAUCAUAGACUCCAAGAAGAAGUUUGAUAAAUGUGGUGUUUGUGGAGGAAAUGGCUCCACAUGCAAGAAGAUAUCAGGAUCAGUCACUAGUACAAGACCCGGUUAUCAUGACAUUGUCACAAUUCCUGCUGGAGCCACCAACAUUGAAGUGAAACACCGAAAUCAAAGGGGGUCCAGAAACAAUGGCAGCUUUCUAGCCAUCAGAGCUGCAGAUGGGACCUAUAUCCUGAAUGGAAACUUCACUCUGUCCACACUAGAGCAAGACCUCACCUACAGAGGUACUGUCUUAAGAUACAGUGGCUCCUCAGCGGCGUUGGAAAGAAUCCGAAGCUUCAGCCCACUCAAGGAACCCUUAACUAUCCAGGUUCUUAUGGUGGGCCACGCUCUCCGACCCAAAAUCAAAUACACCUAUUUCGUGAAGAAGAAGAAGGAGUCAUUCAAUGCUAUCCCCACUUUUUCAGAGUGGGUGAUUGAAGAAUGGGGCGAGUGCUCCAAGUCGUGCGGAUCAGGUUGGCAGAGAAGAGUAGUUGAAUGUAGGGACAUCAAUGGGCACCCUGCUUCCGAGUGUGCAAAAGAAGUGAAACCAGCCAGUACCAGACCUUGUGCAGACCUGCCUUGCCCACACUGGCAGGUGGGGGAUUGGUCACCAUGUUCCAAAACUUGUGGGAAGGGUUACAAGAAGAGAGCCCUGGAAUGUCUGUCCCAUGAUGGGGGAGUGUUAGCAAACGAGAGCUGUGAUCCUCUGAAGAAGCCAAAGCAUUACAUUGACUUUUGCACACUGGCAGAGUGCAGUUAAACAGUUGUGAGAAGCAGGUAGCAUGGGAGGGCUGAUACACUGAGAUCAAGAGUGCUGGAGGGAACCCAUGAAUCAAACCAGUAACCAGUGAGGCCUGCCAAGGAGGCGUGGGGGGUGGGAGUUACAUAGCAAAGGGAGAGAUCAGGACACGAUCCUGCCAGUUAAAAUUUGACGAGGUAGUUAAUGAGGACUGUUAGCAUCUGAGAGACCAUAUGUAGCACAAUGACGCCCCAGAGCGUUACUAGUAUUUCUCUUGUUAACAUCUAUUGCAGGAACAAUUGUCAGAAGAGUUUGGGAGAAAUCUGGCAAGCCCUUGUUGCAUGGUGCUUGGGAAAGGCAAAGCAGAGGGAAGGUGCGAUUGUAUUUCAAACAGGGCUUACUUUAUGCCACUGGCAAUGGUGGCAGGGAGAAGGGUUUCGAAGUUUCUGACACCGUUUCAGAGAAUGUUGGUACAUCAUUUCUAUCAAUAGUGAAAUAAUCGGGUUGCUGAACAUAAGUGAAAUGGCUCCUGGUUCCUUCUUACACCAUCUCAGUUUUUUCCAACUAUAAUUCAUGUUGCAUUAGAAACAAUUCACCUAUCUAUAAAAUGUACAUUAAUUCAAAAAGGAAAAAAAAAAACAAAAAAAAAACAACGAACUAUGUGAGGUGCACGCAAAAACUCAAGGAAACACAAUGAGCAACAUGUCCCCUGCCUUGCCUUCUCCUGAAGUCAGCACCUGGGGACUUUGGAUGCUAAGGAUGAUCCAUGUUUCACAAAAGGCAGUAAUAUCACACACGUCAGUGUCCUGCCAGAGUAACAAUGGGGUGUAGAAAAAGGGUCCCCUGAGAUUGGGACCGUGGAGAUCGCUUGUCUUACAUUGUAAGCUGCUGCGGGGUAGCAGGUCCACUCCUGGCAGCUGGUCUAACAGUCGUAUCCUGGUGAAUGUCUGUUCAGCUCUUCUACUGAGAGAGAAUAUGGCUGUUUCCAUAUGUAUAUGUAUAUAGUAAAAUACAUUACUAUGAAUUAUAUGUACUUUAUAAGUAUUGGUUUGUUUGUUCCUUCUAAGAAGGACUAUAGAUUAUAAUAAAUGCUUAUAAUAACAUAUUUAUUUUUAUACAUUUAUUUCUAAUGAUAAACCUUUAAGUUAUAUCGCUUUUGUAAAAGUGCAUAUAAAAUAGAGUAUUUAUACAAUAUAUGUUAACUAGAAAUAAUAAAAGAACACUUUUGAAUGUGUAUGUCUAUUUUCUGAGGUGGGAUUAAUUCCUGGGCAAGAAAUCUGAGGAGACACAAAUAUUGGAUUUUGAGACAGGUUUUAUGAUUUUGGUGAAUGAACUGUAUUUCCUGUUUGUAGAAUUAUUAAUAAAAAAGAAGUUGAUGUGUCUUUAGUGGUAAGAUUGUUGCUAAUGUGGUUGGCAAAUACUGUAAAGAGUCAGAUAGUAAGCAUUUAUGGCAUUGUAGGCUAUAUUUCCUGUCAUGACCAUGUGACAGUGAAUGCUUGUGUAGGAAUGAGAACAGCCAUAAACGAUAUGUAAAUGAUUAACCAUGGCUGUGUUUUAAUAAAACUUUAUUUACAAAAAAAGUGAUGGGCCAGAUUUGUUCUGUGAGCUUGUUUGACAACAAUAAACCUAAAUAGAAAAUGA